AUGAGAACUUGGAUUGACAUGCAAAUUAGAUUGAAAAAGAAUGAAACAAUUGAUAAAAAGCUACAAGUGCAAAUUAUAAAAGAGAAGGAACAUUGGAAACUGGUUUUAGUAAGAAUAAUUUCUGUUAUGAGAUGCCUUGCUAAAGGAAAUUUAGCUUUUCGUGGAGAGAAUGAAAAAAUUUACCAAGAUAACAAUGGUAACUUUUUGGGACUGCUUGAAUUAAUUGCGGAAUUUUAUUUGGUAUUGCAAGAGCAUUUUAGAUGCUCCAAGGUUAGAAGUGAUAUAAUUGAAAAAAUCAAAGAGGCAAAAUAUUUUUCUGUAAUACUUGGUUGUACUACGGAUUGUCUUGAACUUGAUAUUAAUAAUGUAAGUGGCCAAGAUCAUGUCCAUGGAUUAACUCUUAAACCAUUGUCAACAACAAGAUGGGAAAGUCAUAUUAAUAGUGUUAAAGCCAUAAUAACCCAAACUGAUGAUAUAAGAGAAGCUUUGUUUGAAUUGUCUAGGGUUAGUGAAGAGGCAAAAACAAAGAGUGAAGCUGAAUCUUUAGCUGCACAUGGACUUGAAAGCUUUGAAUUUUUGUUAGGCAUGAACUAUAGGGAAACAUCGGCCCUAUUUUUUGCUAAAGAGAUUGCAUCAAAGAUGGAAAUUGACCCUAUGAUGGAGUGGAAGUCAAAGCAGUUUUUUGUGUACAAUUGA